AUGUUGAGCCCGAAGAUACAGCGCCACAUCCGCGUCAACGACAUUCAGCUAAUUGCUCUCUCCGAAAGAGCACAGUACGAUCAUUCACAGGCGGGCUACCUCCACAAACGAAGCUCGGACAACACGAAAUGGCAACUACGUUGGUUCGUCCUCUACCAGAACCUGCUGUUCUACUACGAGUCGGAGAACAACACACGACCCACCGGCGUGCUUCUUCUAGAAGGUUCUUAUUGCGAGCGGCUGAGCAAAUCACCUAUGGAGCGAAACGCUUCUUUUUGCUUCACAAUAUCGUAUCGAAGCGAACGUCAGCGCCAGUACGAGCUGCGUGCUGCCUCGGAAGUGGACUGCGUGCACUGGGUCGACGCGAUACGUGAGGCGAGUUUCAACAAGGUGCUCUUGCAGAAGGAGGAAUUGGAGCAGAAGCAGCUGCACUUGCUUCAGGUAGUGGAAAGUGAGCGCACCUCGCGCUGGCAGUAUGCGCAACAGUGCGAUGAAUUGAGCAGCGAAGUGAAGAAACUCAGGACUGAGCUGUGCACGUAUAAGAAGGAGCACGAGCCAUCAAUACGAGCGACGUCCACUACUAGCCUGUCACCAACUGACUCCGAGGACAUCGAUCCGAUUGAACUCCGGAAAAUUAAAAAAGUUCAAAGCUUUUUCCGUGGAUGGCUGUGCCGACGUCGGUGGAAACAGAUCGUGGAUCAGUACAUAAAGAGCCCACAUGCAGAGAGCAUGAGAAAAAGAAAUAGCUUAGUUUUCAAAAUGGUAGAAGCCGAAGAGGAAUACCUGGAGCAAAUGGAAAUAUUAGUGACAUGUUUUCUUCGGCCGUUCAAAAUGGCGGCCAGUUCAAAAAAGCCACCAUGCACUCACGAAGAUGUGAAUUCGAUAUUCCUGAAUAGUGAAACAGUUCUAUUCCUACAUCAGAUCUUCUUCAAAGGUUUAACAUCAAGGAUGGAGUCCUGGCCGACGCUAGUACUAGGAGACCUGUUCGACAUGCUGCUGCCGAUGUUGACCAUCUACCAGGAGUACGUACGCAACCACCACUACUCGCUGCAAGUGCUGACUGAGUGCAAGCAGAGUCAGCCCUUCGCGCACCUACUAGCAAGGCUGGAGAGCAAGCCUGCAUGUCAGGGUCGAUCGUUGGAGACAUUCCUUACGUACCCAAUGCAUCAGAUCCCACGGUACAUCAUCACGCUGCACGAGCUGCUCGCGCACACGCCGUACGACCACGUGGAGCGCCGCAGCCUGCAGCACGCGCGCGCGCAGCUCGAGGAGCUCUCCCGCCAGAUGCACGAUGAGGUUAGCGAGACUGAGAACUUGCGGAAGAAUCUAGCAGUGGAGCGCAUGAUCAUCGAGGGUUGUGACAUACUGCUAGAUGUUAACCAAGUCUUUAUACGUCAAGGAACUCUUUCGCAAGUGGUCGGCAAAGGUCGCCGUGCAACGCUGCAGGCCAGACAGGCGUUCCUGUUCAGCAACCACUUGCUGCUGAGCACGCGCGCGGCGGGCGGCCGCCUGCACCUGCCGCCCAGCGCCCGCCUGCCGCUGCACGACGCGCUGCUGCUCGAGGACCCGUCCAACCACGAUGACGACGAUUCCACUUCUGUAUGUUCAUCGCCUGGCGGGGACCCUUAUCAGGGCAAGGAUUUCAAAAUCCUUGUCGAAGUCAAAGGGGAGCAGAUCUGUGCUCAUUUGGUGGCGUCGACGCUGGAGGAGAAGGCGGCGUGGACGAGCGAGCUGGCGCAGUGCAUGGAGAGCGCGGCGCUGACGGAGCUGCUGCGCGCGUGCGGCGCGUGCGGCGCGGCGUCCGCCAGCCUGCCCGCCUGCCGCUCCGACCGCGCGCUCUUCACCGACGACGUGGACAUCCGCUUCAGCCGCACGCUCAACUCCUGCAAGGUGCCGCAGAUCCGAUCCGCCACGCCGCACCGCCUGCUGCAGCGGCUCACUGAUCUACGGUUUCUGUCGGUCGACUUCCUGAACACGUUCCUGCUGACAUACCGCGUGUUCACGGACGGCGUGACGGUGCUGGAGGCGCUGAAGCAGGUGUUCUACGAGCAGUCGCAGCAGGAGCCCGACCUGCCGCCGCCGCCAGACGCCGCGCGCAAGACCAGCGCCGCCAGCUCCGUGUCCGGGUACGGUUCGGAAUUCAGUGAUCGAGACUGGCAGUCAAGGUUCUGGAAAACUUCAAGAAAGAGUGAAGAGGAGGAUAAACUCUCCCCUUACCUGACAGCACCUUCAAGGCGCCCGUCUACAGUGAGCAAGGUGGAAGAGGACAACAGUCAUCUGACUAUACCGAAGAUCAUGGCGACCUCUUCUAGCAAUGAGACACUCAAAGGGACAUCACCAUCCUCGCCCGGCGCUCUAAGUUCAGUAACGCUAGUGGGCAGCCCGAAGAAAACGAGCCCUGACAACACUUUAGCAAAAAGUGACAACAAAUCACCGCCGACCAAAGAUAACAACACUGCGGCGGCCCUUAUGAAGGACGAGAGCAUCGAGCUGGUUAGUCAGAGUGACGAAGACAUCAAGUACAAGGAAGAGGAACAAGAGAAAAACAAACCUAAACCUAAUGAGAACUUCAAAAUAUCGCAGAGAUUUUCAGAGCGUGCGCGCACGAUAUCGGAGAGCCCGCGGCGGCUGCAGGUGUGCGGCGCGGCGGAGGCGCGGCGGCGCUCCGAGGGCGCGCGCGGGGCGCCGCCGCCCGCCGAGCCGCGCCGCGCCUCCGACUCGGGCGCCGCGCGCGCGCACCCGCGCUGCGCCAGUGAAAGGCGCUGCACCAGCUCAUCCAUCAACAGUGAAAGUCGCCGCUUUUGGGGAGGAUCAGAGUCCCGAUCCUCAGUUGCAUCGCAAGCAUCACAAAUGGCCCAGACUUAUCGUCGAGAAACCAAUCAAUCUAGAGCUGGCGUUGUUAUCACUUCAUUCAGACAGUCACACAGAAGGAGCAGUACAUCGUCAGCGGCAGCAGCAUUCGCUGUGGCUACUUCAGCAUCAUCAAACCCUCGGUCUCCGCCGCCAACGUCACCACCACAUAAGAGACGUGAUUCUGUCAUAUCCACAGCUGCUACCAUGAGAGUUCUCAAUGUAUUAAGACAUUGGAUAUCAAAGCACUCCUCGGAUUUCUGGUCUGACGAGCGACUGCGAGGUCUCACCAUGGAUUUCCUCAAGGAAAUCGAGAGUAGUCCCGGACUACUGCCGGCCGAACAUAAAGCUGCAGCCCAACUACUCCGAUUGCUGGAACGAGCCCCAGAUAGGGCUAUUGAUUUACAAGCCAUAUUUGCUCCUCCACGUGUGCCAACGAAAGAAAGUAUUGAAACUCUCUCAGCCCUGGAGAUCGCGGAGCAAAUGACCUACUUGGACUAUCAGAUCUUCAGCUUCAUCCACAGCCAAGAGUUCCUGGGCCAAGCUUGGACGAAAGGCGACAAGUCGGAGCGCGCCCCACACAUACUGAUGAUGACGGCACACUUCAACCACAUUUCGAACCUCGUUAUUUCGGAAAUACUCAAGAAAUGUACAUUAUUAGGUCGAGUUGCAGCAAUUGAGAAGUGGGCGGCAGUGGCUGAUAUAGCCCGCUGCCUGCAUAACUUCAAUGGCGUCCUUCAGGUCUGCGCGGCGCUAUCUAAUACGUCCAUCUACCGCUUGAAGAAAACUUGGGAAAAAGUUUCAAAAACCAGUAAACAGACCCUUGAAAAAAUGCAGAUUUUAAUUUCGUCGGAGUGCAGAUUCAGAAUUUUACGUGACGCUUUGCACAGAUGUGAUCCACCCUGUAUCCCGUAUUUGGGCAUGUAUCUAUCUGAUUUGUCGUUCAUAGAAGAAGGGACGCCAAAUUAUACUCCCGAUGGUCUUUUAAACUUCUCCAAGAUGAGAAUGAUAGCGCAUGUGAUUCGAGAAAUAAGAAAUUUCCAACAGACGCCUUACAAAAUCGAACAUAUACCUAAGGUGUGCGACUUCCUGCUGGACCGGUCGCUGAUCAUCGCCGAGGAGGAGCAGUACACGCUGUCGCUGGAGCUGGAGCCGCGGCCGGCGCGCGGGUCGGCGGGCGGGCUGGCGGGCGCGCCCCCCGCCCCCGCGUCGCCCGCCGCGCAGCGCCGCCGCCGCGCCUCGCUCGCCGCGCUCGCGCCGCUGCGGGCCGACCGCUAG